GGAUGCAGUGGGCCGUGAGCCGGCGGUGGGCGUGGGCCGCGCUCUUGCUGGCCGCCACGGCCGUGCUGGCCCAGAUGCUCUGGUCCCCGAGCUUCGUCUUCCAGCCCGAAGAGAUCGCCCAGCUGGCGCGGCAGUACGCCGGGCUGGACCACGAAUUGGCCUUCUCCCGGCUGAUCGUGGAGCUGCGGCGGCUGCACCCCGGCCAUGUGCUGCCGGACGAGGAGCUGCAGUGGGUGUUCGUGAACGCGGGUGGCUGGAUGGGGGCCAUGUGCCUGCUGCACGCGUCGCUGACCGAGUACGUGCUGCUCUUCGGCACCGCCCUGGGCUCUGACGGCCACUCGGGGCGCUAUUGGGUUGAGACCUCGGACACCAUCAUCUCUGGCACCUUCCACCAGUGGAGAGAGGGCACUACUAAAAGUGAAGUCUUUUACCCAGGAGAAACCGUGGUGCACAAGUUUGGUGAGGCAACGGCGGUGGAGUGGGGGCCAAACACUUGGAUGGUGCAGUAUGGCCGGGGCAUCAUCCCGUCUACUCUGGCCUUUGCACUGGCUGACACCAUCUUCAGCACCCAGGACUUCCUCACCUUCUUCUAUACACUCCGCGCCUAUGCCCGGGGCCUCCGGCUUGAGCUCACCACCUACCUCUUCGGCCAGGACCAGGCGUGAAGAAAAAGACCUGUGGAUGGACUGGAGCAGUCAGGCCCGUGCACAUCCACUCGCUGGAUCCCUCAUGGAAAGACAGGGCUUUUCACAACAUGCAGUUGUUGAGUCCUUGCUGUUCAAGAAGGAACCUCUACACGCUUUUACAACCAAACCCAGAGAUGCCUAGGGACACAUCGGGUGUGUAAUUACAUACUGAAACCCCUGUGUUCCCUGGCUUCAUCCAUUCACACCCGUCUAGAGAGGGAGCCCCACAUAUUCCAAGGGGACAAUCAUGUUCAUACACACAUGCCACAAGCUUGAUUCAUGAACUCAGGCCUUCCCAGAGCUUCCUUGUACCUGACAGGGCUCUGGAGUGAAGGAUUGGGAUGGAUAUAGCCCUCAUCAGAGGGUGAGUGGGGAAAAGAGGAGCUGCCUUUGGAAAUCCCUGUCACCUGCAGCUGUGAUGCCUUUUCCCCUCACCUCCCUGUCCUCACCAUAUGCCUUACCCCCCUUCCAGUCCCUUGAUAUGCAAGCGUCCUUGAGGUCUGACCUUCACCCUCAAAUCACAUUGUCUGGAGAGUGCUGAGAUCAGGGACCUGUCCCGGAAGAGUCUUGUCCCUCCUCCGAGGGAAAUUGAGGUGUAAGGGGGACACUGAUCUCAGCCCAGGGUCCACUGCUAGAGAGAGAACCUGGGGUAGGUGGAAUCCUAGAGAGAGCCUUUUCUGUGCACACAUUCCAUCACAGCUUCCUGCCUCAACCCCUGUUGCAAUCUGUCUCUCCCUGUCUGUCUCUUAAUAAAGACCUGUUGAACAAUU